UCCAAGUUCCAGGAUUGACUAUCUGCGCGGUAUCCAAUAUGGCCGCUUCAAAGAAACAAACAAAAAUGUGUUCAUUUGUAUUGUAUUUGUGCGUAAAAUUUUGAAGUUAAUUCUAUCAUUUGUACGAUGAUAUACAGAUAUAUAUGCCGGAUAGCUCGGUAGAAAGUGUUUAUGUGACAAUAAACGAACGGUAGCGUUUACAAAGUUGGAUUUUAAUAUUUUUGAAGAUGUCUUUCAAAAGAGCUGGUGAUGACCACUGUGCAUUAAGGUUGCAAAAAGUGAGUAAAGUGCGAAAUGUUGUCAAUUUUUGCGUAAUUACUUAGAUUGGAAAUAUUCUAAAUUAUUUGAUAAUUGGUUUUGAAUGGUACUUGAUGAUUUAGCAUGUAUAUACACUUCCAAAAACUCAACUCUUUCCGUUAAUAUUGGCUCUAUUAUAGAUUUCCAAUAUAGUAAAUUGGUAAAAAACAUCAUUUUUUUAAUAUUUACCAUUAAUUGUAUUUUCCUGUGGAUAGGAAAAAAUAAAAUACCGCUACCAUUAUUCAUUAAUGGUGAAUAUUAAAUCUGUUGUAAAGUCUGUUCUGUGCAUACAUUCUGUGCAGGCCAGUGGAAAGUUAUCUUAGAGCAUUGCGCGGCGGAUAUCUCCGGCGCACAAUUUUGAUGCAAUUACUAUUAAAUUUUUGAAAUCUCCAACACGCAAUUCAUAUGCGCAGGCCUACAUUCCAAUGGUCAGGACCCGACCAUUGGGAUGUUUAAAUUAAUAUGUCGCUCCUUCCGAACUUUCUUGAAUUGAAUCUCUAGUUUGUAUUCAUUUACAAACGUAGCGAACCAGUAGAGUGUUAAAAAUUCAGCAUAAUAUAUAUGUAAUCAUAUUUUACAACUGUAGCACUGAGUUCAAAAUGUAAACAAAGUGUUUGUUUACAUUAAAGACUUUACAUCACCUUUAAUAUUUACCAUUAACCCACUUAGCGGCUAUGCCCUCUACUUAUAUUUUUACUUGUCUAACGCCAGAUGAUUUUACUCAUCAAUGGGAGCUCUGCAGCUUAAUUGGUUAACCAAAAAAUCUGACAGUGUCUCUAGUUAUUCCUCUGAGCUGCAAUGCACCCCAGUGUGCUCUACUUAUUUUCUUUACUUGUCUAACGCCAGACGAUUUUACUUGUCAAUUGGGAAGCUCUGCAGCUUAAUGGGUCAACGUAAUUUUCCUGUGCACAGGGAAAAAUAAAGUAACAAUACCAUUUAUAGUAAAUAUUAAUCAUUAUGGUUUUUUACGAAUUUAUCAUGCGGGAAAUUUGUAGAUAAUAACCAAUAAUGGUACAUGUUUAGUUUUUACAUUCAAAAACCUGUUAAUGGGAAGCUAAUUAUAUUUGAAUAGUCAGAAUAUUAUAUCGAAUAACAUUUGAAUAUCAUUCAUGUUUGUGUAUUGAAAUUGUGUUUUGUAUUUUUGUAGAAACAACGUGUUGCAGAACUGUUUGCGGAAGAUAUACCUGCUGAUGAAGUGAACCAAACACGGAGUGGCAAGUAUGUUUUUAUAGGCUGUUCACUGCAAUUGUGCCAGGAUUUUAGUGAGGUCAAAGAUUGUUUUGAAGUUUUUCAUUCUAGGAGAAAGCCAACCCCCUUUCAAAUCACAAUCCCGAUGCCUUUCUCAGUCAAAACAUAACAAUCAUUUAAACUAUUUUGAUAUUUAAUAUAUUAUUUAUUUAUUAUUUUUUAUUUAUAACAUUUCCAUUUUUUCCAAUCAUUUAAAUAUAUUGAUACACAAUGUUUGUUCCAAUAUGUACUAAGUAUUCUAUUAUAAGUAUUCUGAAAUUGUCUUGUAAGUUUAUAUAAUGUAAUGUCUUUUUAUACGUUUCUUUGUAUUUUGUUGAAAAUUAGGCUGUGGGUUAAAUGACUAAAGGAAGAGAUCUGACUGACUUCUCAGAGAACUGCUAUUUUUCAAAAUAGUUCUUUUUGUUUGAGGGCUUGUGGACCCAACGCUUUGCAGUAAUAAAUUUAAAUCGUGUUUCCAAAAACAAAAAGUAUUUAUAUAUUUCACAGAAGUUGAGCAGUUUUAGCUAAGCAAAAUUAUUCUAUCAACAUAUGUCAACACAAAUGCUUUGUUCCUUCGCAAUACUUUACUGUGAAAAGAGCAUGCACUUUUGAAACUACGAAGAAGUUUUCUAGAACUACUUCUGGUUCUGUUUGUCCCAGGGCCUGGGGAGAAGGUGUGCAGCAGAAAGGCCCUGGGGAUGAGAUCGAAGUGAAAUAUAACAAUUAAUGGCCUUUCUGUAAAAUUGAAACAGUGGUAGCCAUUCAUUGCUGUGUAAACUGAAAUACCCUAACUUUUCAUUAAUGAAGGGAAAAAUUGGAUGAGUCCUAAUUCUUUUAAAAGUACACUGAUCAUUGAACUAUAAGUAAACUGGAAGGCUAACUCAGGGGGGAAAUUGAAGCCAGUGCAUUUUAGUUUUUCUGAGUUAUGAGCAGAAAUACUCAACACUGAACAUUGGGCUAUAUAUCAAACUGAAGCUAUUGAAAAACGCUAUUUGGUGUAGAAAUUUCAAGACUUUACCUAAAAGGGAAAUAUUGAAAAACUACAUGUUUUUGUUUUUUGUAUUUUUUGGGGUCAAGUAUUUCUGCUCAUAACUCAGAAAAACUAUUUUGGCUUCAUCAAAUCAUAGGCCUUCAUCAUAGCAGUUAGCCUUCCAGUUUAUUUAUAGUUCAAUGACACUGAUGCACACAUAUAUGUAUAGUACAUACGUACAUCAGGUAGACAUAGCUGACUUCAGGGGGGUACCCCCUAAUAUUUCAUGGGUACACCUUCCCUAAAAUAUUUCAUGGGUACACCUUUCAUCUCCCGCACCAUUUCCACCAAAAUUUGGCCUUGAAAUUCUGUCAUAUUUUUCAGGUAUAUUUGUCUUGUUUGUCCUCAUAACCCAGUCCUGGACACCAUGCCGAUGUUAUCAAUACAUAGACAGGGAAGGAAACAUCUAACAAGUAAGUUUUAAGUCAUGAUGCAACAAUGGCACAUUGGGGGGGGGGGGCAUGUAUGAUGAGUAUGUAUAUAUGUUGGGGCCACACUUGAUUAACUCAUUAAUCAGGGCUUUCAAAAUAAGCCAGCAUUCGGCCUUCAGAGUUCUGGCGAGUCCCACAACGUUUACCCUAAACAAUUAAAAGCAAAGCGAGCAUUUUGUCUGUUGUUAGACAUGUCCAUAAAGAUUGAAAAAGAACAUAACUUGAAUGAACUGCUUCAAAAACGAAAACAAGAAUUCUAUUUAAAAGAAGCUAGCAUUAAUAAUAAACCAUCAAACAUUGGAAAAAACUCAAUGGAAUUAUUUAAUAACGAUACGUCGGAAACCGCUCCAUUACUUGCCAAAACAAGACUGCUUGCAGAACGUGUUACAACGCAGAGUACGCCUAACAAUCCACAAGUUCAGAAAUCUAACCUUGGCGAAAAAAGGACUAUGGAAUCUCAAGGAUUUACGAAUGAACAGCCAGGGGACAUUUUCAAGAAAAAUAAACCAUUCUUUCAAUCAAGAGUUGAAUUGAAAUUAUCUAGAGAUAUUUUUGAUAAAAACUUGCAAAAGUCAACGUCCACCACAAACAAUAAAACUGACCACAGAUUGAGCACUGGUGCAGAAAAGCUGUCAAAACAUGCAGAUGGUAAUAUUUGUGGAUCAAACACAGUCAUCCAAGGGUCAAAAAGCUUGUCCUCGACUGCAGUUGUAAACAGGAAUGAUUAUAAGAGUGAUCUUCAAUCAAAACUUAUGCCUAUAAUAAAGAGUUCUUUCAGCCAUGGUUCGGCAAAUUAUUGUCAAAUUGAAGGCUCCACCAAUACAGCCGUAGAUGGGCAAUUGGUCGGGAAUAAUGCUGUAGAUUUUCAACAGACAACUGAGUGUAAAGGUGUCAGUGGCAAAAUGAACAGAGAUGAACAGAGGAGAUAUUUAGAAAUGAAAAUGUCAGGUUGGAUUUUGGAUUCAAAUGGAAAGUGGAUUAAAGACGAAAAUGUGGAAUUCGAUUCUGAUGAAGAAGAGCCAUUGUAACACUGGUAACAGUAAAUUCCAAGCCAAGGACAAGGUAUAGAGCAGUGACGCCUUCAUCCCAGAAGACAUUUGAGGGUUUUAUCUUAUUUUACUAAUGGGUUGUUCCAGAAAAGAUCCACACUCCUCCCACAGUGGAAAUUUCUGCCAUCCAGAGGGGGAGAACAAUUUGUUUCUUAUAAUAGUAAGUGUAUUAAGGGUCAAAAUAGCUAAGACGUCCAAAGGGGGGGGGAGGUAUGGAUGUUUUCUGGAAUGACCCCAUGAGCAUUUCAAUUCAUGCCAAAUGUCAAGAGAUCUUGCAUUAAACAUACAUAUUCACAAAAUCACUGUAGAAAUCGAGCUAACAUCGUAUUCAGUUGUCUUAUUAUAAUUUCACCUCAGUCAUGUGGGCGACAAAGAGAGAACUGUUUUUAGCUCGCAAACAUUAUAGUCACUCCAAAAACGCUGACUGGACCAAUACGAAAUGGCCCUUUACACCUCCAUAAGUUGAUUUGGUUGAUAGAUUUGAGCUCAUAGAUUAAAAUAGAUUUAUUACUAUGUACAGUUGACAUUAUUUUGCUAUAUGUACAGGCGUGAGUCUUGCAUAGUUCCUAUGGUUUCCAAGUUAUUACUUUUACUGCAAUCUGUGCGGCUUUUCUCACAGCUGGGCUCUCGUGAUCAUGGAUGAGCUUUUCCACCUACAAAUAUGACGUUAGCAAUUUAGUCAACUAUCUUCCUGAUGGCAAUGAUAAAGGGUCUCCGCUUUGGGCUUGAAUGGUGUUGUAGUGUCUUACAGUAUAUCUUACUCAUGUCAUCUUAUUAAUGUAAAACAGUUUCACAUACCUUAUCAACAUUUUCCAAUAAAGUUGUCCGCCCCAUUGGAGCUUCGGCUAAUGUUGUGAUUGCCUGUUAAGAU